UUUCCAUUUUGAACUACCAUGGCAGCCAACAUGUUUUCCACAUCUCUGAGCUGCGCCGUGACUUUUGUACCUAUUCGCAAUAUCGCGACUUUAACGAUCAUGCGUUCUCAAGUCGUCAGCAACACAAUUCAAGGUUACAGUAGCUCAAUAAAGCUCUGUUCAUCCACGUCAUUCUCCUCACACUCUCCCACCAUCGAUUCUGGUGACACUGUAACCCAGUACGACCACUUGGUUCAGCGUGGCUCUUUGAGGAAAGAUGCUUUGCAGAGGAGCGUUCUUCAGCGGCUGGCUCGCCUGCAAAAGACGCUGCAAAACUACAGUAACGCUCCCUACUUGAACUCGCCUCCCCUGACAAUGAACUGUGACAGACUUCAGAAAAGAACACAGUCCUCCCUUAUAACAACCGGAGUAUCUGCUCUAAAGGAAGAAGAUGUUCCUCCUCCCCCGCCUAAAGGCUUCUAUAUUUAUGGAGAUGUUGGCACAGGGAAGACCAUGCUCAUGGAUAUGUUUUACGGCGGGCUGCAAAACAACCAGAAAAAGAGAGUCCACUUCAACGGCUUCAUGCUGGAUAUCCACCAAAGGAUCCACCGGAGGAAACGGAGCCUGCCGAGACGAAAGCUGGGCACCAUGUUCACCUAUGACCCCAUAUCGCCGGUUGCCGUGGAGAUCUCCCGUGAAACCUGCCUCCUGUGUUUUGACGAGUUUCAGGUCACGGACAUCGCCGAUGCAGUGAUCCUGAGGCAGCUUUUCCAGACGUUGUUUAAGACCGGAGUGGUGGUGGUGGCCACGUCCAACAGACCCCCCGAUGAUCUGUACAAAAACGGACUUCAGAGGGACACCUUUCUACCUUUCAUCGACAUGCUGAAGGAGUCCUGCCAUACUAUCUGCCUCGACACUGGUGUGGACUAUAGGAGGCUGCGGGAGACUGGAACAGGAAAACGCUACUUCCUGACAGGAGAGCCUGGCGCAGACGUUGUGUUGGAUGCGAUGUUUGACAAGCUGGCUUUUACCCAAAAAAGCUCUACCGGUCCGAAGGUGCUCACCGUGCUGGGCAGGGAAGUGAUGCUGGAGAAGACCUGUGGCUCUGUCGCAGAUUGUACUUUCCACGAGCUGUGUGGCAGAUCUCUUGGAGCCAGCGACUACCUGGAGAUGGCGCGGCUCUUUGACACGGUGUUCAUCCGCCACGUUCCCGUGCUGACGCUGCGCAUGAAGGACCAAGUCAGGCGCUUCACCACCCUCGUCGACAACUUCUAUGACAAGAAGGUGAGAGUGGUGCUACAGGCUGCAGCACCAUUAGAGCAGCUCUUCACCCAUACCGGAGGAGAUGAUGAGCGAGACCAACAGCUCUUGGAUGACUUAGGCCUGAAGGAGGAGGCGGCAGAGCGUCUGACUCUUUUCACGGCUGAGGAGGAGAUCUUUGCCUUUCAUCGGACUGUUUCCAGGCUCGCGGAGAUGCAGACAGACACGUACUGGGUGGAGGGAGAUCACAGCAAGAAACACCUUGACACAUAAUUUUCGCUAGUUGCUACCUGAUCUGUAUGUUGCAUAUUAAAAAAAAAAAAUAAACACAAACCUA